AUGGCUUCUCUACCCAUGCAGAUUGCAACUCCUUUGACGGACGAGGAUGUCGAGAAAGGAGAAGCAUCCGUCCUGGUUUCUCCGAGAAAUCCAACACCUAUGAAGACAAUCUACCUAUCCGACAUCGACCAGACCGCAGCUUUUCCUGUAGAGACCAUCUUCUUCUACGAGAUGCCACCUGACGAUACAGCAGCAGUCACGUCCGAUGUCCUCUUGAUCCCCUACUACUUCAUGGCCGGGAGACUCAACUUCAACCUGGAAACCAAGAGGCUGGAGCUACUCUGCAACAAUGCCGGGGCCUUGUUCGUUGGUGCAACAUCGAGACGUAGGCUAGAGGAGCUCGGCAGCCUCUCUGCACCCAACCCUUCGUUCCAGCAUCUCAUCUUUAGAACCGAUGGAUUUAAUGGCCUCCAUGAGACCCCCAUCUUCACCGUUCAGGUCAGUUCAUCCUCCUCUCAUCGGGAUGGCUGCGUAUGUAUAGACCUUGACUUCCGAUUUCCAUUGAAGGUGACUGUAUUCAGAUGCGGAGGUUUCUCGAUCGGCAUAAUGACGAACCACAGCGUACUCGACGGGAAAUCAGCAGCCGAAAUGUUUGAGAAUCUUGCUGCCAUUUGCAGGGGUGAUGGCCUGAAGACUCUCGAGCUUCAUGUGGAUAGAUCAUGCAUCAGGGCAAGAUAUCCACCUCAGAUACUCUUCCACCACACGGAGUACACGAAGCGGAGGGAUGACACCUGCUUCACCUCCCCCGAGCAGCCCUCUCCAUCCACCGCUCUGUUACAGGUCUCCAAGAACCACGACUACAGGGUGCUGUCUCUCGCCCCUGACAUGAUCGAUGGCCUCAAGCGAAAGGCCAUGACCGAGUGCUACUCCAGCUUCGAGGCGGUGGUAGCUCACCUGUGGAGAGCGAGAACGAAGGCGGUGUUCGACGACCCGCUGGAGAUCUCCUCCGUGCUGUUCGCGGUGGACCUCAGGAGCAAGAUGUCACUGCCGCUGCCUCGUGGGUUCACCGGCAACGCGGUGAUCACAGCCUCGGCGAGCGCCGGGGCGGCGGAGCUAGGCGAGCGGCCGUUCUGCUUCGCGGUGAAGAGGGUGAGGGAGGCCAUCGGAAGGGUGACGGAUGAGUACGUGAGGUCGGCUGUGGACUGGCUGUAGGUGAACAGAGGGGUGCCGUCGGUGCUCGAGAGGAACUUCUUCGUGUCGGCUUGGUGGAAGCUGCCAUUCCAUGAGCUGGACUUCGGGUGGGGGAAGCCUGUCUACGGCGGCCCGGUGGGUGAGCGGCAUGCAUGAGUUCGUGCUGCUGCUUGCUGAUGGCAGCAAGGAGGGGAAGGGGAGUGGCAUCAACGUUUGGGCGGCGUUGGAGAAGGAGGAGAUGAAGAGAUUCGCGCGCAAUGUGUUUGAACUAUAAGAAUGCCAC